AUGGAGAUCCUGUCUCAAUUAUGGUCAUUGCUAGGCCUUAUCACACUCCUCCAAAACAUCCUCCCUUCCCAAUUCCUCUCUCUUCUCCAUUCCCUUUACGAAUCCCUUCAAGAUUUCUUCACCCCUUACUCCUAUUACCACAUCCCUGAAUUCAACGCCUACUCCUCCCUCGACCUCAACCAACUCUACCGUCACGCCACCCUCUACCUCAACUCCCUCCACAACUCCCCCGCCUGCCGCCGUCUCUCCCUCUCCCGCUUCAAAUCCUCCACCACAAUCUCCUUCACCGUCGCUCCAAAUCACUCUGUUCACGACACCUUUAAAGGCCAACGAAUUUCCUGGACCCACCACGUCGACACCCUUCAGGAUUCAUUGGAUGAGAAACGAAGCUUCUCUCUCAGAAUCCCCAAACGCCACUGCCAUUCCCUCCUCCCUCUGUAUCUCGAUCACGUCACCUCCACGGCGGCGGAAUUCGAACGGACCUCUCGUGAACGGCGGCUCUUCACCAACAAUGGCAAUGCCAGUUCUUACGAUUCUAGCUGGGUCUCUGUCCCGUUUCGACAUCCUUCCACUUUUGAUACUCUGGCGCUCGAAACAGAGCUGAAAAAACAGAUUGUGGAUGAUUUGACUGAGUUCGCCGCUGGCAGGGAGUUUUACGGUAGUGUCGGCCGCGCGUGGAAACGUGGGUAUUUGCUUUAUGGACCUCCUGGGUCUGGGAAAUCGAGCUUGAUUGCAGCAAUGGCGAAUUUCUUCUGUUAUGAUGUGUACGAUUUGGAAUUGACCAAGGUUUCUGAUAAUUCUGAGCUUCGGUCGCUUCUUAUUCAGACGACCAACCGGUCGGUGAUUGCUAUAGAGGAUAUUGAUUGUUCUGUUGAUCUGACGGCGGAUCGGAGUUCGAAGGCUGCGGCGCGUGGGGAUCACGAGGAAGAGGUGGGGCGCGUGACGUUGUCGGGGCUUUUGAAUUUCACAGAUGGGCUUUGGUCGUGCUGUGGGGAAGAAAGGAUCGUCGUUUUCACGACGAAUUACAAGGAGAAAAUUGAUCCGGCGUUGGUCCGGUGUGGCCGGAUGGAUGUGCACGUGAGCCUCGGCAUGUGCGGGCCAGCAGCGUUUCGGACACUUGUGAGGAACUAUUUGGAGAUUGAGUCUCACGCGCUCUUUGACGUCGUUGAUAACUGUAUAAGGUCCGGCGGCGGCCUGACGCCGGCGCAGAUUGGGGAGAUUUUGCUGAGGAAUCACCGGGAUGUUGACGUGGCGAUGAGGGAGGUUGUCGCCGCUUUGCAGGCGAGAGUUUUAGCUGGCGGAGGUGGAGAGGAGGGGGCGGACUAUGAAGAAAUGGUGAUGAGAUCGCCGGAGAGCGUUCUGGGGGUGGGUUCGCCGGAGAAUUGGGAUUCCUCGCCGGGAAAACAUGUGGGGAAGAGGAGGAAAGAAGGGCAGACGCCGGGGAAGAAAGUGAAUUUUUUGGUCAGACUUCGGUCGUUGACUAAGUCUGAAUCUGGAAGAAGAGGGAUUUGACUUUGUGCUUGUCAUUCUUGUUUUUUUUCUUUUUAUUUUGUUUUUAAUUUCGAAUUUUUGAAGCAUGUCUUGUACAUUAAAGAGUGUAUCAUAAA